CUGUCUGUCCACCUAGAAGCCGAACCAACCCGCAUCCAUUUCGCACCCACGCGCACGAACUCGCAGAUCGGAGAGACCGAGGCGGCCGAGGCUUUGCUCCCCAUUGCCUUCCUUCCCUCACUCCGAUCGCGGGAGAAGGUUCUAGUGUUCGAGUCGAAGGGGAUUCCGAUGGCGCUGCAGUGGAUGAUCCUGACGUGGGUGGUGGCGACGGAGGCCGUGGUGGCCGCGCUGCUCACGCUCCCGGCUCCCCGCGCCGUGCGGAACCAGAUCGUCGCUCUGACGUCCUUGCUCCUGCACCCCUUCGCCAGCAUACUCCCCUUCGCGGGCUUCAACCUACUUGAUAUCUACUGGAAGAAGGAGCACAGGCUGAUGUGCACCUCGGAGGUUUGCACCGCCGACGAGCGGAUCCAUUUCGAAAAAUCCAUCUUCAAAGCCCAGAGGAAUGUAAUCCUUUGUGUUUCGGCAUGCCUCCUUUAUUGGUGCAUUUGCUGUAUUGUCAAGUACAACAAGGAUAUUAAAGCAUUGCAAGAGGCUGAGAAGCGCCUCAAGGAAGAUUAGAAUCAUUGUAGUUUAAGUUGAUGCAGGUGGAUCCUGUGGUGUUCCUGGCCUUCAGAAGAUAUGUCCAGAUACUGUUCCAUAGGAUUCCUGGUGUAUAGUGUUCUCCUUCGUACGAAGAAGAGAAUGUCACGCUGUUUCGGCACAUCUUCAGUACCAGUGCUCUCUUUUUUUUUAGAGGCCUUAUUUUUAACUUACGAUAACUGGUUAUUGUGGACAUGUUUAGCAUCGGUCGUUUCUCAACGUUUUGAACAUUUGCUUGGAAUGUCGUUUACCGGCCUUUGGGUCUUGCAUGUUGAUUUAGUCUGGUAUUUGUUAGAAUUGUACUUA